CGCCGAAACCGCUUCGCCUUUCCACUCAGCAUGGACGCGAUCCCAGAGACGGACGAUGACAGUGCGCCGUCGCCGCGGUUUGUGACGACCGCACCGCGGCUCAAGCACGAGACAACGUCGGUCGUGGGCCGUGCUCGCAUGAACCUCUUGGCCACGCUGCGCGACCACUGCAUGCGGCACGACGCCGCCCACAUGGAAGACGACCUUGUGCAAUUGCUCGAUGGCUUCUUCGAAGGACCGCUGUCGUUGGCCGUCCAGGACCGGGAAACAAAGUACCUCAACACGAUGACCGAGGUCUUCCGCGACGAGCUCAAGGAGCGAACGCACACCAUUGCGCGCGUGACGGAGAAAUGCGCGCUCCUCGAAGCCCGCGUCGCCGAGUGCGACGUCGUCACCGACGGCCUUCGGUCCAGCUUGGAUCGACGCAGCUACGAGAUGGAUGCGCUGCGAAAAGCCCACUACAAGGAGAUUCUCAUGCUCCGAGAGCUCGUGACGCGGCAAAAGACCGACCCCGCGACACUCCGCGCCCUCGACGAGGCCAUUGCGGGGCUCCACCUGCAGCGGCGACGCAUGGACGCGGCCAAAUCCGAGGAGACGUCGCCGCGCAAGGCUUCAGUGGCGGCCGAUGAGCCGUCGAUGGACGACCGGAUCGAGCUGCUGAAAAAAGAUUUGGAGAAACGCAAGCAGUUCAACUUUGUAUUGCGGCAAGACCGCGACAAGUGGGAGGAGCGAACGCGCGAAGCCCGAGCGGAGCUCGAUGCGCUGCGAAAAUCACUCGAAACAAAGCCCGACCUUCCCGCGACGACUGCGCCACUCCCAACAACAACGACCACCUCGAUGCCGGUGGCGCCAUGGUGGACCGACGGCGCCUCUGGUGGACGCCGGGAGCGCCUUGCGAUCGAUAGCGCGGUCAGCGCACAUACUGUCGCCCUGCGCGACGUUGCAGCGGCGAUGAUCGAAGUCAUGGCGCUGCCCGAGGUGUGGAGCGAGGUCACCACGAUCCUCACCGACCCGAUGGAGACGUCCAAGGCAGCCGCGCAUCUCUCGUCGCUCGUGCAAGCGCUUACACCCGAGCCGGCGCCCGACACCAUACUCGAGGUCCACUUGCCGCCACCAAAGAGCGCACCGUCGCCGCCAACGCGGUCCGCAAGUCGCGUGCCUUGUUUGCAGUGCAACGGCCUCGGCAUCAUUGACCCUGCGACCGUGUCGACGACCGUGGACGUGCACGCGGAUGCGCAGCUCCAGCGCUCGUUGCAGCGGCUCCAAGAGCUCAAACGCGAGGUCGAGCAGCGCCAAGACGAAGUCACUCAACUACAAGCUGCCAACACGACGUUAACGACGCAGCAAACGACGUUGACGGCAACAGUGACCGAGCUGCGUGCGCAGUUGGCAGCGAUACCAAAACCUACGCGUAGUAGCAGCAAAGCCGAAGCGACCACAGCAACCGACGCUUCACGUGCGCACCACUCAGUCUCGGUGCAGACCGAUACCGUCGUGGCCGAGGCGCUCAAGCACAUCGAGCCGACGCCGACCCCAGUCGUCGUUGACGGGGCCCGCACCGAGGCUCUCGAAGCACUACUCCGCGACCAGGCCGUCUUGGUCAGCGACCUCCAAGGCGAGAUCUACACCAAAGACGAUGUGCUCCGGACACUGCAAGAGAAUGUAUCGGCGGCCGAGGCCAGUUUGCUCAAGGUUCGCCACGCCUCGGAAGUAGCUCAACAGCUGCUACGAGACGAAAUCACAGUUCUCAGCGAUACGCUGAGUGCCCUGCGCGAAGAUUCGACGGUGGCGAUGCGGGAUAAGCAGGCAGCGCUAACAUCGUACCUCGCCCAGCUCUCCACCCGUGCGAUGCUACCGUCAACGCCGCUUGAGAAUGCCGCCGAGAUCGAUAUUGCGUCCUUGAUCCCGUGGAGCGACGACGACACGCAGGCCGAGACACUGGCACGCGUCACCGAAGCCGCAGCGCAGCAAACCGAGGUCGAGUGGACCGACCUCCAGCGCGCUUUUGCCGCGAGCCCGCUGCCCGCGAUGCCACUGGAUGCUGCGCGCGCCAACCCUGUCGAGUCGAUCCUGACGCUGCAAGCCGAGCUCGAGCUGCAGAAAGAGUCGACACAAAAAGUUGCGUGCGUUCAGAUGCAGCGCAUUGUCACGCUGUCGUCGCACCUCGCGCGUCUCGCCGGUGAAAUGCUCACGAUGCGAAAACGAUUGCUCGCGCAAGUUGCGUUUUGGAAGACUGAAUGCGAGAAACUGGAGCGUGGCCAAAUCUGCCUUCUGACCGAAUUCAACUGCUACAAGACCAACUACCUCGUCCAAGCCGAGGUGCUCAAAAUGCGCGCGGCCGCCAGUGAAAGCCAAGAGACGCAGUGGAGUACCAUCAACGACGACAUCCAAGAGUUUCUUCGCACGCUGUCCAGUCAUGCGGCCGCGACGCCGCACGACGCGUGGACGUGGUUUACGACGCUAAGCAACACGAUCGCGGCGGCGAGCGACGACACCAAGCAGCGCAGCUUUGAGGCACUUGUGUCGCUCUAUCAUGCGUGGACAGCCAAGCGCAAUGAGGUUGAACCGCCCGUGCAAGCCACGAACAAGCAGCAGCGAAAGCCAAGCCAGCGCAAGCCUGAACCGCGUCAGUCGCGGUCCCAGAGCACUUCGCAAAACAAAAGCCCACGGCCGCCCAAGCAAAUGCUUUAUCCUGACGAGAAGAAAACACACCUCGCACGGCUUGGGCACACAGAAGCCAAGCUCGGGCACCAGCGGGUCGCGCCGGUGGCCCGCGCCAAAACCGAGUCCAGCUCCGCCUCGUUGGUUGAUACACCGCCAGUGGCGAUCGUACCAUCACGCAACGACCCUCUUUUGCUCGAGUGCGUGCUCGAGUCGUCGACGGCGUCCGAGGUCAUGGACGACGAUCCUCCGUCAUCGCCGCUUCCAAUGAAUGACAUUGCCGAAAGCCAAAUCGUCGACGAUGUCUUCUCCAUACAGCAGGUUCCAGAUGCUGCCAGUAACGAGGUGCAUCCAGAAGCAGCGGGUAUCACCGACGAUCAAGCAGAGGAGGAGGCUCCUGAAGAGCUAUCGACAGAGCAAAUGGCGAGAGCAACCCCCUCACAACAGGAAUAUGACGACCCAACGAAGAAGGCAAGUCACUUCGAGACGACGUUCAUCAUGGCGGCCGACAACGAGACACCAGACGUCACAGCACCACUGCGCUCUAAAGCUCCAGCCCCACCGACGUCUCCAGCGCCCCUAACCUCGACAGCACCCCUAACCUCGCCAGGGUCAUCGGCCACUUUGCUCGCAGCGCCUCUGUGUGUCUUGCCCAGUGCAAGCAUAUACGUACCUUCCCCCUGGCUGCCAGAGACCGUGGUGACGUCCAAGGCGAAUGCAAGUCCCUCGUCCAAAAUACAAGCGCAGGACCACACCCUUCCACAUCCGACGCUAGCCCCGUUUGCAGAUGGGCCUCCUACGGUACCUCCGACUUCGCCCCCCAAGCGCCGUUCGAGUCGUCUCCCGGCAGAGGUCAAGCUCCCCACGUCCCUUGUGGUGGCCCUCCCAAUGCUCACGCCGUUGGUUGUCAGUACGAGCCCGCCUCGCGACAAAACAGCGCACGAGACUCCGCGGAUGCUGCCCGUCGACAGCGAACAUGCCCAUCGUCUGCGCGAUAGCAACCAGUUGGAGCACGAGUCCGUGGCAGAGCUGCAUACAAUGCUCGAGAUUCGCUCGCUUCAGCCCGUGGCUGCCAGCAAAGGACUUGCCGCCAGCGCGCUCCCGUCGCCCGUCACCACCGAAUUGGAAGAGCAAGAAGCGCUGCCCGAGACCGAGCCGCGCUUGGUAGCGCUGCCACCCAUGGCCGACCCCCACCACCACGCCAAAGGGCUCAACUACUUGCGAACGCUCGUUCGCGCGCGGCGAGACGUUAUGAGCUCGCUGAGUGUCUUGAACUGGAGCACGCUGGCCGCCCACGCAGCCGUACGCCGGCUUCAGGCGCGUGUGCUAGAGGCGAAGGCGCAUCAUACGUACCACCACAACCAGCGGGAUUCGCACUGGUCAAGCCUUCUUCAAGUGAUGCAAAAGGCUCUGCGCACCAAGGAGCGCCUUCGAACACAGGUGCUGGAACGGCGCGGUCAGAUGCGGAGUCACUUGGACCAGACCAACGCAGCCAUUCUGCACGCGCUCUCGAGCUUGUUUCAGGACGACAAGACCGUCUCGGACCCGUUGCCUGCCGCAAGGGGCCUGAUGCCACUCGACCUGAACCUCGUCGACUUGGGGGUGAUUCCACCCAGCCAACAAAUCCCAACGCCGCACUACCCUCUCCACCCCCACUACCCCACCGACCCCUACACGGGGCUCAUGUCGGUCGAGCGCGUGGCACCGGGAGAGCCCACCCAGCGCUUUCCCAGCCGAACGCUCAAGUUUCGCAGCGACCCCACCGCGGGUGAUUUCUCGCUUCUGCAUGUGGUCAAAGCGCGCCACCCGCGCAGCGCUGGGCCGCCCGGCAAGGCCGUGCUCGACACCAAGAGCGCAGUCCGCGUGAGCGCGUUUCGCGUCUCGGAAGCAACGACCACAAUUGUCGCGUCCGAUGCCGCGUUACAGGACAUUGUGCGCAGUCCGAUCAGUCUCGAGACGCCACGUCAUCCGAACCCGUACCGGCCCAAGUCGACACCAUCGUACCGAUCCCGGUUUAGCAGUCGGCAAACCAAGCCCGCGCCGAUUGCGCACCCGGACCCUGUCACACUCUUGACAAAGUGGAAAUAAAACAGAGUCUUGAUCCUGCCUGAAUGAAUUCUCCAGUGGGCGUUUGGACAAAACGG